AUGGCGUGUGUUGCCUGCAAAAGUCAGAAAACCAAGUGUAUCGCAGAUUGUAUAUUCGCAGCAAGUUUUGGCGGAGACAAUGCACCUAAGUUUGCCUCAAUCAACCACUUCUGGGCCAGAGAUCGCCUCGGGAAGAUGCUCAGUGCAGUACAUGAGGACCAACGAGCUGACUUUGUUGACUCUCUGUUCGAGGAAGCUAGAUAUCGUUUGGACGACGGUGUUCACGGCAGCAUUGGGGUUAUCAACGCCUUGAAGGCUCGGGUGGCCAAUCUGGAAGCUCAAAACGCUGCGCUGAAAGAAGAGAACGACCGUCUGGAGGCAUUGAGCAGCCUUGGCAAUCUCCCAAGACAGCAGCAACUGUCGAGUACUGUGACCUACACAACGGUCGUCUCCACAACGCAAAUGGUCCAUACUGCUUCCUCGUUGGGAUUGGACUUGGCCAUUUCCGGUCCGGGGAUUCAACGUGUGUCCAUUGCACUACCGACUGAUCCUAUCGACUACUUGAGUCCAACCAACGACCAGGACCACGACCACGGGUUCGCAAAGCCUCCUGCCAUAUUAUCCACCACAAGCCAUUUUCACUCCGGGGGAUCUGUGUCCUCUGCACCACCAAUUGAUCAGUCAUUUCAAUCACCAAGGCGUACUAUCGACUUCUUAUGUCAAAUCAACAACCGGACCACCACCGGCCAAGACUCGCAAGCUUACCACAGUACCUCCUUCCCUCUUCAAAGGAGCAUACGUCCUCGUCGUAUGUCCCUUGAACCAACAACUGCUAGUGUCGGCUUCGUACGUCCAAUCAACAACUCGACGUACUGA